AUGGGCGGCCCCCUGGGGGCCUCUCAGGCCCUUAGGGCCCCCCUGAGCGGCCAUGUGCGCUUGCCGAAUCCUCUGGUGUAUCUUGACGUCUCCGUGGGCAGCAAGAAUGCAGGAAGACUAGUCUUUCAACUUUUUGCCGACCAGCUUCCGAUCACUGCCGAGAACUUUCGUUGUCUCUGCACAGGCGAAACUGGCCUGGGAUACUAUAUGAGACCACGGUGGUACAAAGGAUCUCCUUUCCACCGCAUCAUUCCGGGCUUCAUGGCCCAAGGAGGCGAUUUCCACAGGGGAGACGGUUAUGGAGGCGAGAGCAUCUAUGGGCAGUUUUUCAGAGAUGAAAAGUAUCUGUACAAGCAUUCAAAACGCGGCCUUCUCUCGAUGGCUAAGAGCAAGCGACACCGUCAUAGUGCAAGCAGCCAAUUUUUUAUUACGUUUGGACCUUGCCAUUGGCUAGACGGGCAGCACGUUGUCUUCGGGCAGCUGGAGGACGGCGAGCACACUCUGAGCCGAAUUGAAGCUGCAGGCACCAAGACUGGGUGGGUGCGAUGCCCUGUCACGAUCUUUGACUGGUAG